UUGACUCCGGUGAGUUGAGUUUAGUCCCGGGAGCGCGGAACGGCUCGGAGCAGAUGCUGCUGGAGGGAGGUGGAGGACUGUGACCUGAAGUGGGGCUCACCGGGAACGCGGAGUGUUUUAUCCUCUCUGGAGCCCAAACAGGAAUCACACAGAACCAGGAGGCUGAAUUAGUUCUCUCCUCAGAACCGAACCGCACCGCAGGUUCGUUAUAGAGCCUGGUCCGGUGGGAACACACUGAGUGAGUGGCGGCAGGUGAUUAUUCCUGCACACCGGCGGUGGCAGCAGACAUGUCCGUCUCCACUCAGCUGGGCCUCCUGCUGUGGAAGAACUUCACCUACAGACGACGGCAGACGCUCCAGCUCUUGGUGGAAAUCGUCUGGCCGCUCUUCAUCUUCUUCAUCCUCAUCACUGUGCGACUAAACUACCCCCCAUACGAGCAGCAUGAGUGUCAUUUCCCCAACAAGGCGAUGCCAUCGGCUGGAACACUGCCCUGGAUUCAGGGAAUCCUCUGCAAUGCCAACAACCCCUGCUUCAGGAACCCAACGCCGGGCGAGUCUCCGGGCAUCGUCGGCAACUUCAACGACUCCAUAAUCUCUCGUCUUUUCUCCGAUGCCAAGAAGAUCCUCCUGUACAGCCAGAAUGACAAGAACCUCGAGGGCUUCAAGGACCUUGCUCGAGCCCUGGAGGCCAUGCAGACCAGCCGCUCAGGAUUCAAGUUGAAGCAUUUCCUGAGAAACAAUGAGACUCUCUCGAGCUUUCUGCGAAGGAACGCCUCUCUGCCUGAACACAGCGUCCAGCAGAUCAGAGAGGCUGAUGUCAACCUGGACAAGGUCCUCCUCAGAGGGUUUGGCGUCCAUCUAAGAAACAUGUGCCCCAGGAAGGGGGGCAAACAGAAUGUGUCAGACUUUGUGAUGAUCUCAGAUCAGCAGGUCGCAUCGCAGGUGCAGGAUAUCCUGUGCGAGGCUCCGCCCACCUGGCUGAACCGAGCUGAGGAGAACUUCAUGAGCAACCUGGACUUCUUCCAGCCCAUCCGGAGGGAUAUGGGGUCGGAUCCCGAAGCCAUCCAACAGGUCGCAAAGGCAGCCAAUAAUCUUCUGGACAGUCUUGGUUCUCUAGCCGUUGAGCUUGCUGGGAUGAAGAGCUGGGUGGAUCUGAGGAAUGAGAUCAUCUUCCUGACCCGGAACGCCACCUCGUCACCCAGCGCCAUGUACCAGGCAGUCUCCAGGAUCGUGUGCGGUCACCCUGAGGGUGGCGGUCUGCAGAUCAAGUCUCUGAACUGGUACGAGGACAGCAACUACAAGGCUUUGUUUGGUAAUCACAACAGCAGCGAGGACGAGGCAGCGGCGCACUACGACAACUCCUCCACUCCAUUCUGUAACAGCCUGGUAAGGAGCAUGGACUCAAACCCAAUGUCCCGGAUGAUCUGGGAGGCUCUGAAACCUCUGCUGCUGGGGAAGAUCCUGUACACUCCUCACACGCCUGCCACACAGAGGAUCAUCCAUGAGGUGAACCGGACCUUCCAGGAACUCGGAGUGUUCAGGGACUUGGGCGGCAUGUGGGAGGAGAUGAGACCCAAAGUCUGGGACUUCAUGGAAAACAGCGAGCAGUUGGACCUGGUCAGGACUCUGUUGAGGAACAAUGUCAGUGCCAGCUUCUUCCACACUCGGCUGGCCAGCACUGAUUGGACGGUGUCGGACGUGUCGAACUUCCUGUCCAACCAGCCGUCAGAGCGUCUCGGCGGAGCUCUCACCUGGAGGGAGGUGUUUAAUGAGACAGACCAGGCCAUCAUGAGCAUCUCCCGCUUCAUGGAGUGUGUGAACCUGGACAAACUGGAGCCUGCCCUCAGUGAAGAGCGCCUAAUUAAUCAAUCCAUGCUGUUACUGGAGGACAGGAAGUUCUGGGCGGGGAUCGUGUUUUCCAACAUUACUCCCAACGCCACCGAGCUGCCGCCUAAAGUAAACUACAAGAUCCGCAUGGACAUUGACAAUGUGGAGAGGACCAAUAAGAUCAAGGACGCGUACUGGGAUCCAGGUCCUCGUGCCGACCCCUUUGAGGACAUGCGUUAUAUCUGGGGUGGGUUUUUAUACCUGCAGGAUGUCAUUGAGCAAGGCAUCAUCAGAGCGAUGACAGGAACCAAAGAGAAGACCGGAGUUUACAUCCAGCAGAUGCCAUACCCCUGCUACGUGGACGACAUCUUCCUUAGGGUGAUGAGUCGGUCUAUGCCACUCUUCAUGACCCUGGCCUGGAUGUACUCUGUGUCCAUCAUCCUGAAGAGUGUGGUGUACGAGAAGGAGGCCCGUCUCAAGGAGACAAUGAGGAUCAUGGGCCUAGAUAACGGCAUCCUGUGGUUCAGCUGGUUCAUCAGCAGCCUGAUUCCUCUACUGAUCAGUGCUGGACUGCUGGUUCUGGUGCUGAAGAUGGGGAACCUGCUGCCCUACAGUGACCCCGGUAUCAUCUUCCUGUUCCUGGGAUCUUAUGCUGUUGUCACCAUCAUGCAGUGUUUCCUUAUUAGCACAGUGUUCUCUCGCGCUAACCUGGCGGCUGCUUGCGGAGGAAUAAUCUACUUCACCCUCUACCUGCCUUACGUGCUCUGCGUCGCCUGGCAGGACUACAUCAGUUAUGGAGCCAAAGUAUUUGCUAGCCUGCUGUCCCCUGUGGCAUUCGGGUUUGGUUGCGAGUACUUUGCAUUGUUUGAGGAGCAGGGGGUUGGCAUUCAGUGGAAGAACCUGGUGUCGAGUCCUCUUCAGGAGGAUGAGUUCAGCCUCCGCACCACCAUCAUUGUCAUGUACUUUGACUCCUUUUUGUAUGGAGUGCUCACAUGGUACAUUGAAGCUGUCUUUCCAGGUCAGUAUGGGAUCCCUCGGCCCUGGUACUUCCCCUUCACCAAGUCCUACUGGUUUGGAGAGGAUGGAAAGUCCAGCAACAUUCCUUUAAGGAGAAAAGGAAAUGCUUCAGCUGUGUGUGUGGAGGAGGAGCCAACUCACCUGAAGCCAGGAGUCUACAUCGAGAACUUAGUGAAAGUUUACCGUCAUGGGAAGAAACUGGCAGUGGAUGGGCUGACACUUGGAUUCUACGAGGGACAAAUCACAUCUUUCUUGGGACAUAACGGAGCUGGAAAAACCACCACAAUGUCCAUCCUGACCGGCCUGUUUCCGCCCACUUCUGGCACCGCCUACAUCCUGGGCAAAGACAUCCGGACCGAUCUGAGCACCAUCAGGCAGAGUCUGGGUGUCUGUCCUCAGCACAAUGUGCUCUUCAGCAUGCUGACAGUGGAGGAACACAUCUGGUUCUACGCUCGGCUGAAAGGCCUGUCGGAGGAGCAGGUGAAAAGCGAGAUUGAACAUAUUCUGCAGGACACAGGGCUGCCACACAAACGCAGGUCCAGGACCAGUACUCUCUCAGGGGGCAUGCAGAGGAAACUGUCAGUGGCCCUGGCCUUUGUCGGGGGGUCAAAGGUGGUGAUCCUGGAUGAGCCCACGGCUGGUGUUGACCCUUAUGCUCGGAGGGGAAUCUGGGACCUUCUGUUGAAAUACAGACAGGGUCGGACCAUCCUCCUGUCAACACACCACAUGGACGAGGCAGACAUCCUGGGAGACCGCAUUGCCAUCAUUUCCCACGGCAAGCUGUGCUGUGUGGGCUCAUCUCUAUACCUGAAGAACCAGCUGGGGACAGGCUACUACCUGACACUAGUGAAAAAAGGCCCAGAACCAUCACUCAGCUCCUGCAGGAACUCAUCCAGCACCGUGUCCUUCACCAAGAAGGACGAGGACAGCACCUCUGUCAGCAGCAGUGAUGCAGGACUCGGCAGUGACCAUGAAAGUGAGGCAGCCCCCAUCGAGAACGGGCUGGCAGCAUCUGUUUGUCCCUCCUCGUUUGUGCCUCCAUAUGCGUCUCUGGCAUCAGCACUAAUCCUGAGGCAUGUCCCAGCCGCCCGCCUGGUGGAGGACCUGGGACACGAGUUGACGUACGUUCUGCCAUACAGUGCUGCCAAAGACGGAGCCUUUGUGGAGCUCUUCAGAGAUCUAGACCUGAAGCUGCAGGAACUGGGCAUCUCCAGCUACGGAGUGUCUGACACCACGCUGGAGGAGAUUUUCCUGAAAGUGGCUGAAGAUAAUGGAGUUGACACUGAAGUACCUUCAGAUGGAACACUUCCUGUUCGGAGGCGGAGGAGGACUCAUGCCUUUGGCGGAGGAGAUCAUCAGAGCUGCUUAAGGCCUACAUCUGAGGAUGAGGAUGAUGGCAACGAGUCCGAAGGAGAUGCUGACUGCAGGGAGUCAGACUGGCUGAACCGCACUGAUGGUAAGGGAUCCUAUCAGAUGAGUGGGUGGAGCCUGAAGAGGCAGCAGUUUGUGGCACUGAUGUGGAAACGCUUCCUGUAUGCUCGACGCUCUAGAAAGGGUUUCUUCGCUCAGAUAGUACUUCCUGCCGUGUUUGUCUGCAUUGCUCUGGUCUUCAGCCUCAUUGUGCCGCCGUUCGGAAAGUAUCCAAGUCUAGAACUGCAGCCGUGGAUGUAUGAAGACCAGGUCACCUUUCUCAGUGAUGAUGCCCCUGGAGACGCCAACAUGCAGAAGCUGCUGAACGCUCUGAUGGACCCGCCGGGUCUUGGGACUCGCUGUAUGGAUGGGUAUUCCAUCCCAGAGGCCCCCUGUACAAUGGGUGAUGAGGACUGGCACACCCCUGAUGUCCCCAUGAGUGUCCAGGAGAUGUUCAGCUUCAGAAACUGGACCAUGGAGAACCCAUCUCCAGCCUGUUUCUGCACCUGUGAUGGCAAGAAGAGGAUGCUGCCGGAGUGUCCUGCAGGAGCUGGAGGUCUCCCCCCACCUGAGAUCAAACUUAGUGCAACCGAUGCUCUGCAGAACCUGACAGGAAGAAACAUCUCAGACUACCUGGUGAAAACCUAUGCUCAGAUCAUUGGAAAGAGCCUGAAGAACAAAGUCUGGGUGAAUGAGUUCAGGUAUGGAGGCUUCUCAUUGGGUGCCAGGAGCACACAGGUCCUCCCACCAGCCAACGAAGUUGAUGAUGCCAUUGAGAGAGUCCGAAAGAUCUUUGAGUUACAGGAGGGCGCCGCUGCAGACAGAUUCCUGGACAAUCUGUCAGGAUUCAUCAACGGCCUCGACACCAAAAACAAUGUGAAGAUCUGGUUUAACAACAAAGGUUGGCACAGCGCAGCAGCGUUUAUCAACGUGAUGAGCAACAGCAUUCUGAGAGCAAACCUGCCGACGGGUUCGGAGCCCAGCAGCUACGGCAUCAGCGCCUUCAAUCACCCACUGAACCUGACCAAGGAGCAGCUGUCCCAGGUUGCACUGGUAACAACCUCUGUGGAUGUCCUGGUGUCCAUCUGUGUGAUAUUUGCUAUGUCUUUUGUUCCUGCGAGCUUUGUGGUCUUCCUGAUCCAGGAGCGUGUCAGUAAAGCCAAACACAUGCAGUUCAUCAGCGGUGUCCAUCCACUGCUCUACUGGGUGGCCAACUUCAUGUGGGAUAUGUGUAACUACUUUGUCCCGGCGACGCUCGUCAUCCUCAUCUUCAUCUGCUUCCAACAAAAAGCCUAUGUGUCGUCCAGCAAUCUGCCGGUACUUGCACUGCUGCUGCUGCUUUAUGGCUGGUCCAUCACUCCCCUCAUGUACCCCGCAUCGUUCUUCUUUAAGAUCCCCAGCACGGCAUAUGUUGUCCUCACCAGCAUCAACAUCCUCAUUGGCAUCAACGGCAGCAUCUCCACCUUCGUCAUGGAGCUGUUUGGAGACCAUGAAAUCGGCGGCAUCAAUGAUAUUCUGAAGAACGUCCUCCUCAUCUUCCCUCACUUCUGUCUCGGGCGAGGACUGAUCGACAUGGUGAAGAACCAGGCGAUGGCGGAUGCUCUGGAAAGAUUUGGUGAGAACAGGUUCCGCUCUCCUCUUGAGUGGGACAUGGUGGGAAAGAACCUGCUCGCCAUGGCUGUGGAGGGUGUCGUCUUCUUCAUCAUCACCAUCCUCAUCCAGUAUCGGUUCUGUAUCAAACCCAGGCCUGUCAGUACACUCACCAAAUUGGGAGCACUUGGAGAAGAAGAUGAGGAUGUCGCCCGAGAGAGACACAGGAUUGUCCAGGGUCUUGGACAGGGAGACAUCCUGGAGCUGCGGCAACUCACUAAGGUGUUUAAGAGGAAGCAGAAGCCAGCUGUAGACCGACUCUGUGUUGGGAUUCCACCGGGAGAGUGUUUUGGUCUGCUCGGAGUGAAUGGAGCUGGAAAAACAACUACCUUCAAGAUGUUGACAGGAGACACAAUGGUGACCAGUGGAGAGGCAUUCUUGGCUGGGAAAAGCAUCCUGAGGGAAAUCGACGAGGUGCACCAAAACAUGGGCUACUGUCCUCAGUUUGAUGCCAUCAAUGAGCUGCUGACAGGAAGAGAGCAUCUUGAGCUGUACGCCAUCCUCAGAGGUGUCCCGGAGAAGGAAGUGUGUGACGUGGCAGAGUGGGGCAUCAGGAAGUUGAGUUUGUUAAAAUACGCAGAUAAACGAGCAGGAAGCUACAGCGGAGGAAACCUGAGGAAGCUGUCCACAGCCAUCUCUCUGAUUGGAGCGCCCCCUGUUGUGUUUCUGGACGAGCCCACCACAGGUAUGGACCCCAAGGCCCGCCGAGCCCUAUGGAACUGCAUCCACAGUGUCAUCAAGGAGGGGCGCUCCGUGGUCCUCACAUCCCAUAGCAUGGAAGAGUGCGAAGCUCUGUGCACGAGGAUGGCCAUCAUGGUGAACGGCAGGUUCAGAUGUCUGGGGAGCGUCCAACACCUGAAGAACAGGUUUGGUGAUGGGUACACCAUCAUCCUGCGGGUGGCGGGACCCGACCCAGACCUUCUGCCUGUCAUGAAGUUCAUCGAGAGCGAGCUGAGCGGCAGCACGCUGAAGGAGAAGCACCGCAACAUGCUGCAGUACCAGCUGCCAUCUUCACUCACGUCACUCGCUCACAUCUUCUCCAUCCUCGCCGAGAACAAGGACAUUCUCCGGAUUGAGGACUACUCUGUCACUCAGACCACUCUGGACCAGGUCUUCGUAAACUUUGCGAAGGACCAGAGUGAUGAUUAUGUUUCCAAAGAUGCCUCAGUGAGAAGGAAGGACGUGUCCAUUGAUGUUGCAGCGCUGAGCUCUACCUGUGCAGCUGCUGAGGGAGGUGGAGGGCAGCAGGAAAGCAUCAUGUGAUUACAAGUGAUGUCAUGUGACAAUAGUAGGCUGAUCUUCAGCCUGGACUCAACGCACAGCAGAGGACUUCUCCCAUUUACCUGCUGUAGAGUCGCACCAAUUUAAAAAUGGUGGUAGGCAGAGCCUCCUGCCACCCGAUUCCACUCAAUGCAAGACUUCCUGUGGAGGCGGCGAGCAGCUCCGAGUUAAAAACUUGAACAAGCGUGAGCAUUUGCUGUUCUGAACCAAUGAUGAAGAAUACAGAUGAUUUCAGACGGCUGAGCUUUGAUUCCGUUUUUGUCCUCGAACUCUUAUUUAUAUUUGUAGCUGGAACUCUACCUUGUAAUCCUGUUGUUUGGGCAGUGUGUACACUGCUUCUAUAGUGUUAACAGCCAAUCAGAGUGCUCGAUGCAAAGAUUGAUUUUUAUAGUUUUUUUAUUAAUGAAAGAGGAGCAGACCUGAAAGCUUCCGCUGUGAAGCAGCACAAUACCUCUUCAGCUCCUAGACAGCACAUUGCAGUAUUGAUCAGCGAUCAGACCUAAAUGAUCAGAGAUCUACUUGAUGACCGAUUUAGCUGAUCAGACAUCAGCCCAUGUGUCUGACUGCAGCACUUUAAGUGUUUGAGUCAUUUGUUUUUGUUUACACUGAUUCUGUUUUAUGAUCACACGUUAGUUGUUGAGCUGCUGAUGAAUGAACAGCUGUUACGGCCCAAUGAGCAGAAUAAAACCAGUCCAAUCCACUGGCUCCGCCCACUGCUUCAAACACUCUCUUCCUUUAAACUAUCCCUGUUUGCCCGUUAAAAGGAACCUGAACAUUUUUUACGCUGAUCAUUUCUGAGCUAAAACUUGUAUUUCAGGGUUUCAUGGUGGCACAGUUGGUAGCAAGGUUGCCUCACAGUGAGGUUGCAGGUUUGAAUCCUGGCUGUGGCCUUUGCACAUUCUCCCCAUGCAUGUUUGUGGGUUUUCUCUGGUUUCCACCCACAAGCCAAUAACAUGCAUGUCAGGUUGAUCGGCAAAUCUAAAUUGUAAGUGUGAAUGGUUCUAUGUCCCAUUUGUCUCUGUGUCCAUGUGACGGACUGGAAAGCUGUUCACCUGUUGCCUGGUGACAGUUAAUCAGGACCAAGCAGGGCAGAAAAAGAAUAAACAUGUAUUUAAAUUUCAAUCUCCUUCAGUCCAGAUUCCCUCGGUUUGGUUUUCCUGUUCAUGGAGACGGAUGGAUGAAAGAGUCACAUGACUGAAAUGGUUUUGUCUUAAAGAAUCCAUUUGUUUUUAAUAAAUGAACAUUUCCAAACAUUUAAA